AUGUCAUCCAAAUCGUCGUCAUCGUCGUCUAAAAAGAAAACGAACGGGACUUCUUCUCCAGAACUGUCUAGUGCCCCGGCGAAGAAAAUAAAAGUACCAAAGUCUUUUAUUGUCAGACCCAAUGUGCCAACCAACAACAAAUCCGUAGCCAAUGUCUAUAUAAACCCAGAAAUACUUUCAGCAAUGGAGCUUAGUAAUGGGAACUUGGUUUUAGUCACGUUGCGUGACAGUGGAUCUGCUGGUGUUGUGGCUACUGUUUACUCCUCUAACGAUGUUGUCGAUAGAAACGUCAUUACCAUUUCCUUCCCAUACAGACAACUUUGUGGACUUGUACUUGGCGACAGAGUUGAACUUGUUAAAUUUAUGAACCAGCCACCAUAUGCAAGUGAUGUUUCCAUAAGUGGGGUCGAGUCAGUUACCGACGAUGUAAAGCUGGCAUUGCUUGAUAUUGGAUUAGUUUAUCCAGGGUUGCAAAUCAAUACUGAUGACAAGAAAAUCACCAUUGUUGAUGUGAAUGACAGUUUGAAUGCAUCAAUGAACAGACUAUCGAUCAAGGACAAUGAAUGUUUAUCGUCUGUCCCCACCGUUUCGCCGCCAUAUUUAUUUUCACCAACAGCAACAACAGUAAAUGUUGCCUCCGUGACAUUCCCUUUGCGGUCCAAAUAUCCAAACUUGCCCCAACAAAUCACAUACGACCAAGUUGGUGGGUUAUCAAAACAAAUUGAAUUGUUAAAAUCAACCAUUGAACUCCCAUUGAAUAACCCCACUUUAUUUUCUGAUUUUGGGAUUUCACCACCGCGGGGAAUUUUAUUACAUGGUCCCCCAGGAACAGGUAAAACCAUGCUUUUAAGAUGUGUGGCAAACUCCAUUACUGAAGCACACGUACUAACAAUCAAUGGUCCCAGUAUUGUUUCCAAAUAUUUGGGCGAGACAGAAAAUGCCAUUAGGGAUAUUUUCAAUGAAGCCAAGAAGUUUCAACCAUCAAUUGUUUUCAUGGAUGAAAUCGAUUCAAUAGCACCCAGUAGAACAUCAGACGAUGCAGGCGAGACAGAAUCAAGAGUAGUGGCACAAUUAUUGACGGUUAUGGACGGAAUGGGGGAUAAUGGGAGAAUUGUUGUUGUUGGUGCAACCAACCGUCCCAACUCGAUUGAUUCAGCUUUAAGAAGACCAGGGAGAUUUGAUCAAGAAGUUGAAAUUGGGAUACCAGAUGUUGAAGCUCGUGAAGAGAUAUUGACUAAACAGUUUGCUAGAAUGAAUCCUGAAAAGUGUCAAAUAACCAAGGAGGAGAUUGCAAAUAUAGCUUCCAAAACUCAUGGGUAUGUUGGAGCUGAUUUGACGGCACUAUGUCGGGAAUCGGUGAUGAAGGCAAUUAAUCGUGGCCUAUCUGUUGGUAUUCCCCAAACCGCCAUCAAAGUGACAGUCGACGAUGUGUACCAUGCGUUGCCAGAAAUCAGACCGAGUGCUAUGCGUGAGAUUUUUUUGGAAAUGCCCAAAGUGCAUUGGUCGGAUAUUGGUGGACAAGAUGAAUUGAAACGAAAAUUAAUUGAAGUUGUUCAAUUGCCCUUGGAAGCUAGUGAUUCGUUUAAAAACUUGGGUGUUUCUUCUCCCAAGGGAGUCUUACUUUAUGGACCACCAGGUUGUUCGAAAACCUUAACUGCUAAAGCUUUGGCAACAGAAUCGGGUCUUAAUUUCUUGGCCGUCAAGGGUCCAGAAAUCUUUAAUAAGUAUGUGGGUGAAUCGGAAAGAACCAUUCGUGAGAUUUUCCGCAAGGCAAGGGCUGCAUCGCCUUCAAUAAUUUUUUUCGAUGAGAUUGAUGCUAUUGCCGGAGAUAGAGAUGGGGAUAGUUCAACUACGGCGGCACUGAAUGUGCUCACGUCUUUGCUCAAUGAGAUUGAUGGGGUUGAAGAAUUGAAAGGUGUGGUUAUUGUUGGUGCGACAAAUAAGCCGACCGAGAUUGAUCCGGCAUUGUUAAGACCAGGACGGUUGGACCGUCAUAUAUAUGUUGCCCCACCAGAUUAUGAUGCUCGAUUGCAAAUAUUGCAAAAGUGUUGUCGUAAGUUCAAUUUACACAGUGGCGAUAAAUCUGUAGAUUUACAGAAGUUGGCAGAAUUAACUGACGGAUGUUCUGGUGCAGAGGUGACGCUAUUGUGCCAAGAAGCCGGGUUGGCUGCUAUUAUGGAGAAUAAAGAAGCAACCACAGUAACAAGCAAACAUUUCGAGCACGCACUAAAAGGUAUAUCAAGAGGUAUAACUCCGGAAAUGUUGGAAUAUUAUGAAAUGUUUUCAAAGAAAAGUGGAUUAAGUAUAUAG